AUGACAGCUGCCAUUCACAAUCCGCAACUACGAUUGCUCAAUGCUCUCCGAGCCAAUUCUAAACCUAUCAUGACAUUUUUGGGCCUUCCAUCAUUUCGUACAGCUCAGAUUAUAGCUCAGACUGGCGUCGAUGGUAUCAUCAUCGAUUGCGAGCAUGGACAGAUUAGCGAUGAUUCUAUGCAUUCUUCAACUGCCGCUAUAGCUGCUUUGGGGGUAUCGCCCCUUGUUCGUCUAAGAAUGGGCCACCCAGAUUUAAUCAAGAGAGCUUUGGAUGCUGGGGCACACGGUAUUGUUGUACCUCAAAUCAAUACUGUCGAAGAAGCCAAGACCGUUGUUUCCCAUUCAAAGUUCCCUCCGCGAGGAUGUCGAGGGCAAGGCUCGGCAUUUCCAGCUAUUGCUCAUGGUAUCGAUCUCCCUACGUACUUGAAAACAGCAAACGAAACACUCAUCACCUGCCUUCAAAUUGAAACGAGAGCAGGGGUGGAGAAUGUCGACGCGAUAUGUGCUGUACCUGGUGUGGAUAUGAUUUUUAUCGGCCCUAACGAUCUUUCCUUGUCAGUCCUUGGCUAUGUUCCUGCGAGAGGUGACGAGCCAGAGUUUCUCGACGCCAUCGAAAAGAUUGUGGUUGCGGCCCGAAAGCAUGGCAAAUGGGUUGGCCGGCUUUCAAACAACGGGCUAUUGUGCAAGGAACAUCUGAAAAUAUUCGAUACAGUGGCGAUGGGGUACGAUAUUAGGGCAAUUCAAAACUGGUAUACAUCCGAGUUGCGAGUUGCGCGAUCGUGA